AUGUUAUUCGGUCUCAUGCUAGUGGUAUGUUGCUGGUUUUCACGGGGUUUGUGUGACCUCGAACCAUCCUGGAUACCUUUGGAAAGCAAUGUGAUCGUUGGAUUGAGAGGUGUGGCCGCUUUCAGUGACGAUGUGGCUUGGGCCAGUGGAUCAAGUGGGACAGUUCUUCGGACUGUCAAUGGAGGCGACACGUGGGAGAAACUUCCAAGUCCUCCUGGAGCUGAAAACGCAGACUUUCGGGAUAUUGAGGUCGGUCCUGAUGGCGAAUCAGCAAUUGUGAUGGCUGCCGGCAAUCCUGCCGUGUUCUACUUGUUUAGAGAUUCAAAAUGGGAGCAGAUAUUUUACCAGAAUACAAGUGGAACCUUCUUUGACGCUUUUGACUUCUGGACCAAUCCCAGUGAGGAUUACCAGCAUAAUGGAUUUGCAUUUGGUGAUCCUGUCAAUGGAAAAUUGCAAUUCUUGACUUCCAAACAAUUUGGCGGCGAAUGGGAAAAAUGGGAUGUCAACGUUGAUGUGGGACCAGACAUUGGCGGAUUUGCAGCAAGUGGAACCUGCCUUAGGACGGUGGAUCCCGAUUCCGUUUUUAUUGGGUUAGGAAACAGUAAGGCGUUAAUCCUAGCCUCUCACGAUCGUGGAACAACAUGGACAUUGGUGGAAACCGGAAUUCAGCAUGGGACAGACCGAUCUGGCGUGUUUUCAAUGGACUUCCUUGAUCCUCUCCAUGGAAUUGCAGUGGGUGGAGACUUUAACGGAGCCCUGUUUACCACAGAAGAGAAUGCGGCUAUAACUGAAGAUGGAGGAAUCACUUGGGAUCUUUUGGAUCCCGAAAUCAACCCUAGAGGAUAUCGAUCUUCCGUUGCAUACGUGGGAAAAAAUCUGGUAAUUGCUUGCGGAAAAGAAGGGUGCGACAACGCCAAUGCCUCGGAUUACGUUUUCAAGCCCAUGAUUGGAGAAGGUUACUACUCAGUAUCGGCGAGUCCAUCUGGCAACACUGCAUACGCCUCGGGCCCAGACGGCCGAUUAGCUCGUUUAAGUUUGGCGUAA